AUGGAACCAAUUGAAGUACUUGCAUAUUCUGUUGAUGAAGAAGGAAAAACAGUUGGACUAGGAACGUCAUAUGGGUUUGUCGUGUAUGGUUUUGAAAAAAAAGACCCAUACGUUAGAUUUAAAAAAAUUUUAGGUCAUGGAAUUGGAUUAAUUAGUGUAUACAAAUCAAGUAACAUUGUUGCUUAUGUUAGAGGUGGAAAAGAUCCCUAUUCUAAGUUAAAUGAUGUAGAAGUAUGGGAUGAUAGAACUUCUUCAAUUAUAUUUAAAAAAAAAUUUGAAUCAGAUAUUUGUGGUAUCUCAUUAAAAAAGAAUUUCUUUAUCAUUGCAUUAAAAAAUGUAACUUAUGUAUAUAGAUUAAGUACUGGUUUUUGUUCUACAAUCCUCACUUCACCAAAUUUAGAUGGAAUAUUUGCUUAUUAUGAAAAAACUGAACUUCUUCUUACUCUGAGUGAAGAAUCUGGAUGUAUUAACAUGUACUAUCUUAAAAGUGGAUCACCUGAAAUUGAAACAAUUCAGACUAAUAUUAAAUGUUUUAAAUAUCCAAUUAGCAAUAUUACUAUUGACCCAAGUGGAAAAUUUGCAGUUGUUUUUUGCAUAAAAGCACAACACUUUCAUUUUAUUGAUUUACAAACAAAACAAAUAUAUUACAAAAUAUCUAACCAAGGUACAACAAUUAAAAAACAGCCAUUUAUAUUAUUAUCCCCUGCAAUUCUUGUUGCAGUAACAGAUAGUUGUGCUACUUUCUAUGACAUUCUUAAAAACAAAAAAAAUAAAUUUUAUAUGAUGAAACUUGAUAAAGUACCUCCAGCCCUUGCAUUCCUCACAACUUGGCAACAAGGUGGACCAAAAUUACAUAUUGAUAAAUAUGGAAAGGUUAAUGUCUAUGAAGUACUAGUUAAUCCAGAUCUUGAAGUGUCAACAACCAACAUUCUUACAAAAGCUUUAUUAUAA